GUGAAACACUUCUUUGGGCCUCAUAAACAACCACAGAACCACAAGUUGGGUACAGAGGCAGUCACACAAGAGCGGGUCCGGGAUAUUGGUCAGCAGGCAGGGCGAAUCGUUUUGACUGCAAACCACAGAGUUUCGUAGAGUGGUAGAAGAAAUCAUAUAUUCCUUCACUGUAAAGAGAGAGUGACUUUUAAAGAGGAAACAAUGGCUUCAAACAGCAUAUUUGAGUCACUUCCUUCUUACCAGCACUUCUUGAGAGGUCCAGGUCACACGAUGCAGGAGGAAACAGCCAGACCUGCUGUGAACUCUCCACCUCACUUAACCGUAUCAUCACUGAAGGCAUUCAUCCCAACAGAUACCAGCACCAGCCGCCGCUUCACGCCGCCCUCCACCACGCUGAGCCCGGGGAAGAUGAGCGAGCCGCUGCCGCUGCCCGGCGCCGAGCACAGCGGCGCCCUGGCGGGGAAGCUGCGCAGCGCCGACCGCAGCAUGGUGGAGGUCCUGGCGGAUCACCCCGGGGAGCUGGUGCGCACCGACAGCCCCAACUUCCUCUGCUCCGUGCUGCCCACCCACUGGCGCUGCAACAAGACGCUGCCCAUCGCCUUCAAGGUGGUAGCCCUGGGAGACGUGCCCGAUGGGACGCUGGUGACGGUAAUGGCUGGAAAUGAUGAAAACUACUCCGCAGAACUCAGAAAUGCAACAGCUGCCAUGAAAAACCAAGUAGCAAGGUUCAACGACCUCAGAUUUGUGGGUAGAAGUGGAAGAGGGAAAAGCUUCACGCUGACCAUCACAGUUUUCACGAACCCUCCGCAAGUAGCCACGUACCACAGAGCCAUCAAGAUAACGGUGGAUGGACCUCGAGAACCCAGAAGACAUCGUCAGAAACUAGAUGAGCAGACAAAGCCCGGGAGCUUGUCCUUUUCAGAGCGCCUGAGUGAACUGGAGCAGUUGCGUCGUACGGCCAUGAGGGUCAGCCCACACCACCCAGCCCCCACACCCAACCCACGAGCCUCCUUGAACCACACCACUGCUUUUAACCCUCAGCCUCAGAGUCAGAUUCAGGACACGAGGCAAGUGCAGCCGUCUCCGCCGUGGUCCUACGACCAGUCCUACCAGUACCUGGGCUCCAUCGCCACCCCCUCGGUGCACCCCGCCACGCCGAUAUCACCCGGCAGGGCCAGCGGCAUGACGUCCCUCACCGCAGAGCUUUCCAGCCGCCUCUCCGGUGCUUCCGACCUGACGGCAUUCAGUGACCCCAGGGUGGGGAUCGACCGCUCCUUCUCCGCGCUCCCUUCCAUUUCCGACCCUCGGAUGCACUACCCGGGAGCGUUCACCUACACGCCGACGCCCGUCAGUUCGGGGAUCGGGAUCGGUAUGUCUGCCAUGUCCACGGCCACGAGAUACCACACCUAUCUCCCGCCUCCGUACCCCGGCUCCUCUCAGGCCCAAGGCAGCCCGUUCCAGACCAGCUCGCCCUCGUACCACCUCUACUACGGAACCUCGGCCGGGUCCUAUCAGUUCUCCAUGAUCUCGGGGGGAGACCGGUCCCCCCCGCGCAUCCACCCUCCUUGCACCAAUGCUUCCACGGGAUCGACACUCCUCAACCCCAACCUUCCCAACCAAAGCGAUGUGGUUGAGGCAGAAGGGAGCCACAGCAACUCCCCGACUAACAUGGGCACCACGGCAAGGCUAGAGGAAGCGGUGUGGCGACCGUACUGAAUGCAUUUUAUGUAGUCACGGGGCCAGGACUGACGUGCUUUCGAUUUACCGAUGCCUGUAGGUAUCCCAUAAACACCUGUCUUGCUUGUGGGCCCUGCCAUGUUCAUACAUCACUUCCAGAAGCAAACUCUCCAGAAGUCAGCGCUCCCAGGAGCGGUGGUGUGCGUUGGCCAGCCAGCUGUGGGGCUGGCGAAGCAGCGGCACGCUAACAAGGUACCCUCUCGGGGGGCUGAGCUUCUGGAAAGGAAGACGUGCAGGUUGGUGGCCUGUAGGUAGUGAGGGUGGGUAGGAAGAUACCCAGUUUGUUUCCAGGCCUGUGGCUUCCAAACGUGCCCGGGCUUGAAGGUCUCCACAGCCCUAAAGAGUUUCAGUUCACUUCUAUUUUUAAGACUUAAGACCUAAAAGAAUCUUAGUGAGUUUACUGCAUCUUACGGACAUAUUAACUAUAAGGAAGUAUAGGAAGAUUCCCAGAGGGAAACUGUGAACGCUUCUGUUUUAGCAAUGCUGUGAAUGAGAGGUUUUAUAUGUUGGACUUCAUCCUUUCUUUUUUUUUUUUUUUUUUUUAACCAUGUUGUAUAUUCCAAAGAAUAUGGAAUUUUUUUAUUGCUGUUUUUUUGUUUUGUUUUGUUUUGGGUUCUUUUGUUGGUUUUAUUUUAUUUUUUUUUGGAUGCAACUCAUCCUGCUUUGCAUCUAAUUUGUUUUAUUUCUCUUGGCACCUUAUAAAUUGCAAAAAAAAAGAUUUUACUUUUUUUUGUUGUUUUAAUCAUGCUUGCUUCUUUCUUGCUUUGUCAACUGAAAGAAUCAGCCCUUUUUCAAUAAGUUAAUUUAACUUUUUUCUCUUGGACUUUUUUUUUUUUUAAUACGACGGCUACAGCCUUGGGUCAUUUUCAACUACUGUACUAUUUGAUGAGUUCAUUGAUAUUUAUGCUUGAUAUUUAGACUUUUCUUAUUUGUUGAUACUAUUAUUAUUUAAAUAUGCCUAUAUAAAAAAAAAAAUCAGCAAUUGCCUUUUUUGGUAGCAGCCAAAGUCAAAUUUAUCACAUUGAAAAAGGCUGGAAUAACGAUGGGUAAAGUGACCUCCUAAUUAUCUGGAAAUAUUGUUUACAAUUCUCCCUUUCAUUUUACUCAGCUAGCUGGGCUCUGAGCCUCAGAGGUGUGUAGAUGCCCUGUUCUCACUGAAACGACUGAUGCACCAGAAGCCCUGAGAAGGCACUGUGCCUCCCCACCCAGUGGAGUCAUCUCUCCCCACCCCUUCCUCACUUUUCCUUCGUCACCAGCGGUGAUGUUCAGGAUCAGCAGUCAGGAGGUACAUAUAUCAUAAGGCAGACUCUAUAUUCCCUAAUUAAAUACAUCCUCAUACGUAGUCUUUCAAAUCAAAAGGCAAUACACGGUUAGCAUGGCAAGGGUGAAGUCCUGGCUCUGCAAGAAUCAACGUGAGGCUUGCUCCCGGCUCAGUGGAGCCAAGAUUUCUGUGCAGUACAAGAGCCAUGUUCCAGCCUACUGGAAAAUAGAUCAAGCCGUGCAUCGUGAAAUAGCUCGGGCUGAACAGGGUUGUCAGGCUCAUCUGGAAAGCAGGCCAGCGAAGAAGGGGCCUUAACGGUUCCUCCGCCACCAAAUUCUGGGGGAAGAGGAAGGAGAUUUAAAACUGGUGCACAAACUAGUCUGUCCUGUAGCAAAUCUGCAAGCCUUAUUCUAACAGCAUGUUAAUACAGAGUCGUCAUCGUUGCCCAUCGUUACAGCACAAACAUAUCAGAUGUCACUGUAAAGUUUAUGGCACUAUUUUAUUUGAGGGUUUGGUCUGAAUGCAGUUGUUGUACUACUCAUUAAUUGCAAACUGCUGAUGUUGACACGUGUGCGUACCAAAUGAUCUGAUUAUUAUUUAAUGUACCUCUUAAACGAGUGAAACAAUUGCAGGUCAACUCAGAGAGUAUUUGAAAGCAGGACUUCAGAUCAGUGUUUGAUGUUUAAAAAAAAAAAAAUUAAAAGGAUUCAAAUUAAAAAGAUCCUUGGCUGCAGGCAGCAAAACAGCUGGACUUAUUUAAAACCAUUUGUUUUUCAAGUUUUCUUUUUUUUAUAUAUGAUUUUGCUUCUUUGUUUAAGACAGAUGCAGUAGCACUUUGGUAUUGAACAGUUACAAAUUGAAGAAUUUACAUUGUCAAUAAGGUCAUUUUUGUGCAGAAAAUAGGGAGUGUUUCAAGAGAUCUCAGCAAAAGUUCAAAAUGGUUCUGUUAAAAUACAUACAUGGCCCUGUGAUUUUAAUUUUGCAUAAUAUUAUUUGUCAUUUUCUAGAGUUUGCUCUGAACAAAAAAGGCAGACAACAUCCAAAAAAACAAUAUCAGAACAGUUAAAAAUGCAUUUUGGCAGUAUGGAGACCUUGCUGAAUAUGGAAAUAGAGAGACCCUACCUGUUGUGACAUUUUACAUAGUUAGAACCUCACCUCUUCAGUAGCCUAAAAAAAAGUCCUUCGUCACUAAACAGUAGCUCUGUUGCAGAAUCCACCUUACAUGUUCUCUGUCGCUGUGCAAUUAAAACCAUCGCUGAACCACAGCUUUCACAUCGGCCUCGUGACCGGAGCACCCAAGUGCGUAGUGCUGUGAGUGGGAACCCAAAAGUGAGGGCGAGGAGCCACAGGGGAGCUGGAUGCCUCGGCUCGCAGGGCACGGCUGCGGGUGGCCGGGUGCCUUCAGCCCGGAGGCAGGAGUGAGGUUGCUGUGGUCAGUGCGCUCCCAGGCUGGUCUCUCGCCACAGCCACGACUGCUCUCUGCUAAAGCCCUUCGCCCAUUUUAGCCCCUAGUGUUGUGCUGCCCGCUUCUGAAACCAAAGCAUCAGGGAUCCAGAAGAACGUGGCAUCUCUCAGCCUGGAGAUCAGGUCUAAUACAUAAUGUUUCUGGCUAUGCAUCUGCCGUCUUCAUGCUUGCCUCGAAGCCAAACUUUAAUUUUACACUCCCUGGUGUGAACAGUAUGAGAAAGUGCAGAGUUGGCCACCACACUUACCCUGUGUCUGUGCUGAAACGUAACCAAAACCUGGGAUUUCCCAGCCCUCACUUGUGAUAAUUGCCAGCAGCUAAACUCCCGAGUCUAACCUCUCUGUGCAUGUCAAACACAAAACAAAGCAGUGCCCUCUUUACAGAGGAAAACCUAAGUUUAUUAUCCCUUUUAAUUAGCCUGUUUAACCACCGUGGGCUACAGUGUGUUCACACAAGUGCUUAUGAGACACCACAGUUUACUCAAAUCUCUAUUUUUCUAGCCAUCCCCUGUCCCACUAAGGACAGCAAAGAUCUCUGAGGCUAUAAAAAUUCUCUCGCGUCAUUCCUCUCAUACCUUAACAGCACUUAGCAGGCAGAAAGAGGACGGGCAGGUGAAACACUUCUGCCAUUCACGUCUCCAAAUUAUAAUGUAUGAGUAUAUAUUUUUAUAUAUAUAUAUAUAUAUAUAUAUUUAUAUAGUUUUAUCAUCCCAGUUGCUGAGUGGAAUCCAAAAAGCACUGCUGUGCUUCUCUUUGCAAGUCACAGUCAGCAGAGUGCCUUAGGCUCCUUCCCCGGCCGACACGCAGCUAAUGGCAGCUCGCGUGCUCCUCUCACGAGACACAGCCCGUUGUCCAGAGGCAGCCUUAUCAAACAACUUCAAGGUCAAUACAGGGCCCAGCUCUCGAUUGCGCCCCUUACUUGGCUUGCAAACAGCCUUUCUGCUCACUUCCAGAGUUCCCGAUACGCUUCCAGAGCAAUGUCAAGGAGCUUUAGUGCAAAGGGGAGGCAGCCGCAAGGAGCAUCGCUGCUGCUAAGGGUUUCGUUUGUAGAGUUACGCCAAAUGAGCUUCUGGAAAGGAGAAAAACAGUUUCCUCCAAAUGGCCCACAGUCUUUGAGUCUUUGUCAGAGUGUUCCGAGUUGCCUGCACUCUUGAAACAUUCAUUACUGCUUUCUGGAUGACCUUUUCCAUUUGGGUAUUUGAAGAUUCAGGAUGAGUGGAUCGUUUUCAAUCUGAGCAAAACACUUUCUUGUUUUCCUGCAUCACAACAUUCUCGUAUUUUAUUUUUGUUAACCUCGCUUGGUCAGUACUGAUCACUUGGCAUUUUUCUCCUUGUCCUAAGAGGGUUGCAUCAACAGAGUUACUUGUAUUUAUGUAUGUAAAUAGAUUUCUAAAGCUUCAUAGCAAAAUAUUUAGUGCUUGUAAUUACUCCGCGUUUUUUUUUUUUUUUUCAUUUUUCUGUGUUUUUAAUGAACUUACCUUUGUUUGCUUAAAUACUGUAGUGAGACUUAUUUCUUUCCAAAUUAGUUAUUUUUAGGCUUCAAGAUUAACUACAUUUUAUUCACUUUUGUAAACAGUUAUAGCAUGGUCUCUAUUCAACACUCUUCACUUUUUUGUGGUAGGGGAGAAACGAAUGUGCAAAAAUCUGUGGGUUAUUUGUGGUAUUCUGGGUAUGACAAUUACACCUUUCUUUCAAACAAAAACUAAACUUUCAGUCUGAGGUGGCAGUAUGGCAAGUCUGAGGGGAGGACACAGUGGGAGAUGCACUCCUAUCAGAACGGCAACAAAGUGCAUCCGUUCAGCAUUUACUGGAUCUGUUUACAAACCAGAUGCCGCAGCAUACUGGAACAGUCACAUUUUCCCUUGACACUGUCAUGCUGAACAUUUCCAGAAGGGGAAACUACCAGGUCCUGGAAGUUUGCUUUUCUGUUUUUGAUUGCUGGGGAUUUUUCUUUGGGGGGGCGGGAGGGAGGCUGCUGUUUUUUUGGAACCAGAUAGGAAAAGAGAAUAGAGUAGACUUUUCCCCCACUACAGGAAGUCUCUAGAUACCACGUCAGAGUAGACUCUUGCUGUACAUAGGGAUGGCUGUGUCCAGCGCCACGGGAAAACUCAUUACAACUAGCACGCAGAGCAGCUGGACUGCUGCGUUAGUUCUAAUGAAGACUUUCUUUCUUUCUUUGUACCACAGUUUCCUCUGUAAAUUCAAUAUCAUAAUUAGUGUGAAUGACAAAUAAAAUGUUUGACAAGUAUGCA